AUGGGAUGCUAAAUUGGAAAGACCAAUUAAAUUUAAAUUAGAUCUAAGUAUAAUAAUCUCGUAGGAAUCAAGUUUUAGGAAGCCAUUGAAAGUAGCAACCCCUAAUUGAAAUAAUUGUAACAUCAAUGGAAUCAAUUUGAAAUCAAAGACUUUACUGCUGCACGCAAAUUCAAAUAAAGUGAUCCAACCAGAUUUAGAAAGUAUCUAAUGAACGGAGCACUCUCUUCCAACAGAUGGCUAUUAUGGAAAGGAUCCUUGUUUGUUGAAAACUUAUAAGAAUCGGGGUGUUAUGAAGCCUUGUUAAAGACUUCAUAAAAUUAAUUUGAUAGUGAUAUUGAAAAAGACUUACCCAGAACUCUACCAGGUCAUCAUGAAUUUAAUAAAAAAUCUUAAGCAUUAGAAAAUGUGCUCAAGGCUAUCGCAGCCUAUAACAACGAUUAUGUGACAGGCAUGAAUCAAGUGGCUGGAUUCCUAUUAUUAGUAAAUGGAAUGGAUGAAGAGGAAGCCUUUUGGAUGUUAAAUUAUUUGAAUAUCAAUCCGUAAUUCAAAUUUCUUUAGUUAUAUCAAACGAAUGAUUCAUAGAAUUAAGGGAAUCAAUUUGAAUUUGUUACAAAAUUAUUAAACAUAUUCCACAAGCAUUUCAAAAGUCAAAUGCCAUAACUGUAUCAACAUUUUGAAGCCCAAGAUAUCACUCAAUAUUGUUAUAUAUGGAAAUGGAUAUUUUCACUAUUCCUUCAAACUUUCCCUUUUGAAGUGGUGCUCUAUUUCUUUGAUUUCAUGAUUGCUAACAAUAUCCUGGCAAUUAUUUCACUAUCUCUUGCUUUACUAAAACACUUUCAAUCUCAUCUACUUAAAUUAGAUCAAAACGAAAUUGCUUAAUUUAUCACUAAACUUUAAGAAUGCUCCGACGUCUUUGAUAGAUCAAAACAUUCAGAUCACUUGUGCGUGGAACAAAUCAUUAUUUACGCUGCCUAAUUUCAUGAGCAAUUGGGAUUUUCGAAAUUAGAAGAAACUUUAGAAUGA